GGCGGCGGCGGCGCUGUUUGCGUUACGCCGUCUUUGUUGAUCGAGAGACACGGGGAGAGGAGGGGAGAGAGAGAGAGAGGGAGGGAGAGAGAGAUCUCAGAGGCGUGUCUGAUCGUCCGGCGACCCCGCUCUCGUCGAAUUCCGCGUUAGCAUGGCGAAUCGAGGUGGUGGAGAAGACGAUCUGUACAUGGAGCUAUGGAAGGCGUGCGCGGGCCCCCUCGUUGACGUCCCCCAAGUCGGGGAGCGAGUCUUCUACUUCCCUCAAGGACACAUGGAACAACUGGAGGCGUCCACAAAUCAGGAGCUAAACGAGAGGAUUCCGCUGUUCAGUCUGCCCUCGAAGAUACUUUGUAGCGUUAUACACAUUCGGCUGCUGGCGGAACAAGAAACGGAUGAAGUUUAUGCCCAGAUUACUCUACUUCCACAGUCCACUGAAACUGAGCCCAUGAGUCCCGAUCCUUGCCUGCCUGAGCCUUUAAGACCGAAAGUUCACUGCUUUUGCAAGGUUUUGACUGCUUCAGACACGAGUACGCACGGUGGAUUUUCUGUUCUCAGGAAACAUGCGACUGAGUGUCUUCCUCCUCUGGAUAUGACCCAGUCAACACCAACUCAAGAGUUGGUUGCGAAGGAUCUUCAUGGUUAUGAGUGGAAAUUUAAGCAUAUUUUCAGAGGUCAACCACGUAGGCAUUUGCUGACAACUGGAUGGAGUACAUUUGUCACUUCCAAGAGAUUGGUUGCUGGUGAUUCCUUUGUGUUCUUGAGAGGGGAGAAUGGAGAACUUCGUGUGGGUGUCAGGCGUAUUGCACGUCAACAGAGCAGCAUGCCUGCAUCAGUGAUAUCGAGUCAGAGUAUGCACUUAGGAGUGCUUGCAACUGCCUCUCAUGCUGUUUCAACGCAAACCAUGUUUGUCGUCUAUUAUAAGCCCAGGACAAGUCAGUUCAUCAUAAGCUUGAACAAGUAUCUAGAAGCUGUUAACAAUAAGUUCACCGUUGGAAUGAGAUUCAAGAUGAGGUUUGAGGGAGAGGAUUCUCCUGAGAGAAGGUUUUCUGGUACUAUAGUAGGGGUCGAAGACAUUUCCUCUCAAUGGACUGAUUCCAAGUGGCGAUCUUUGAAGGUUCAAUGGGACGAACAUGCUUCUGUUCCAAGGCCAGACAGAGUUUCCCCGUGGGAGAUUGAAUCAUCUGCACCGUCUAUACCUCUGAGCGUAACAGAGUCAGCAUUGGUGAAGAACAAAAGGCCUCGACCGAUUGCUGAGAUUCCUGCUCCUGAUACUGCUGGUCAAGCGCUCCAUGAUACUGGACUUAUGCAGUCCUGUGAUGCUACGCAACCAAGUGUUUUCAUUGAAGGUAAAAGAAGUGACAAUCAUGUUAUCUGGCAUCAUAAGCAAACAAAUGUGAACACCAGUAGCGGCUCUAUGCCGUGGCCUCAGACUGAGGGGGACAGGCAGUUUUCUUCCAAUGUCUCUGGUUGGCCACUUCUCUCAAGUUCAACUAUGCACUCACCAAAGCCGAGAAAUGAGCCUAAGGUCGAGCUGGGUGAGAAGCCCGAGAGAACUACUAGUUGCCGAUUGUUUGGCAUUGACUUGAUAAAUCGUUCUUCAAACUCUCAGCAAGUGGACAAGCUGACUGUUCAGCCACUCAAUGGAUCUUCUGGCAGUAACGAAGCACACACUCCGGGCAAUCUUUCUGCAGCAGAUAUGCAGCAAAAGUCUGUUGUUUUAAAGACCUCGAAAGAGAUAAUUCAUUGGCAGUCUGUAGUUUCACCAAAAGAGAUACGAAGCAAACAAAGUUCUACUUCUGCAAGGAGUCGCACUAAGGUUCAAAUGCAAGGAGUAGCUGUGGGUCGCGCUGUAGACUUGACUAUGUUCGAAGAGUAUGAUCAGCUUAUCGAUGAGCUCGAGGAGAUGUUUGAGAUAAAAGGAGAGCUCAGGCCUCGAAACAAGUGGGAAAUCGUCUUCACCGAUGAUGAAGGGGACAUGAUGCUCGCGGGAGAUGAUCCCUGGCCGGAAUUCUGCAACAUGGCCAAAAGAAUUUUCAUAUGGUCGAGUCAGGAUGUGAAGAAGAUGAGCCCCGGAAGCAGGCUCCCCGUGUCCUCGGUAGAAGAUGAAGGGUGCUAGCUUAACACCACCUUAGAGUCUCAGUGCCUGUGUAAUUUCUUUCCUCCUCUAUUCCCCCCUUUCAAUUCUUGUCUUCAGUUUGUUGUCUGUAAUCUCUCUUGUGCCAAAGUGGCCUUCUCUUUUGUCCUUUAUUUUCAUUUUUUUUUCUUGUCUUGGGGGGGCUGAAAUUUGCAUCGCUUGGGGAAAUGGUGGGACUUGGCGUUAUUUGUGAAAGCUAACUUCUAUAUAGGGACCCGCUGUCAAUCACACUUAGGAACUUGGGGAUGGGGGUUUUCAUAUGUUGUGUUAGGUUUUUAGGACCAAGAAUCUGUGUAUAUCUUUGGAGUUUCUUCUUGGGUGGGAUGUAAGUGGGAAGGUCUUUUUGUUUUUAUGUAGAUAUGUUUUAAUUGGGGAAGUGGAAUCCUUGGAAGUCAUCAGCAAA